UUAAGGAAGCUGUCGUGUUAAUACGAUGAACAUAAGAGUCAAAAUGUAGAGCCUGUUGUGGGGUGCAUGGCCCUUACCACACUUCAAUCUUUGAAGAGUCAAAGUGAGCAAACGAGUAAUGUUUGUUCAGCGAUUAUCAAAAUUUUCCUCCCAUUGACUAGGCUGUUUCCUCUGUCGGCCUUUGCUUCCACUUCUUUAUCUAAGCCUAGACAGUGCACAUCUUCUUCUUACUUCUUCUUGCUCCGCACACAGCUUGGAGAUCUUUUCAUUCGCACCCUCUUUGCCAUUGUUGUUCUUGUUCUCUCCUCUGAUACAAAAGAUUAAAACUUUGAUCAUGGGAAACUGCUGCAGAAAACCAGUGGCUCAUGUGUCUUCCACAAGUUUCUUUGGAGGCUCAAAGUCUCGAAGUAAGACAAAAGAGAACUCAAAAUCUACUGAAGGAAAAGCUCCUUUAAAAACUUCAGGAUCAAAUGUUAACAAACUCAUCUCCAGUAACCUAAAGUCCUUCACCUUCAAUGAACUAAAAGAGGCCACUAAGAACUUCAGGCAAGAAAACUUGAUUGGAGAAGGAGGGUUUGGGUUUGUAUACAAGGGAUGGAUAGAUGAGAACACUUAUGCUCCCACAAGACCAGGGACUGGAAUUGUUGUUGCCAUCAAAAAACUUAAACCAGAAAGUUUUCAAGGCCACAGAGAAUGGCUGGCAGAAGUCAAUUAUCUAAGCCAGCUUCACCAUGAAAAUCUGGUGAAACUUAUUGGUUACUGCUCAGAUGGAAAAAACAGGCUUCUAGUUUAUGAGUUUAUGCAUAAAGGAAGUCUGGAAAAUCAUUUAUUUAGAAAAGGUGUUCAGCCUAUUCCCUGGACUAUCCGGAUCAACAUUGCAGUUGCUGUUGCAAGAGGACUAACAUUUUUACAUACCCUGGAUACAAAUGUUAUAUAUCGUGAUUUAAAGGCAGCCAACAUCCUACUUGAUUCGGAUUUCAACCCAAAGCUUUCGGAUUUUGGCUUGGCAAGAGAUGGUCCUACAGGAGACAACACUCAUGUUUCAACCAGAGUUAUUGGUACUCAUGGUUAUGCUGCACCAGAGUAUGUAGCUACAGGUCAUUUGACCUCAAGGAGUGAUGUAUACAGCUUUGGAGUUGUGUUGUUAGAGUUACUAACAGGAAGGAGUGUAGUUGAAGAUGAGAAACCUGGAUUUUCAGAAGAAACACUGGUGGAUUGGGCAAGACCAUUCCUGAGUGAUAGCAGAAGAAUUUGGAGAAUCAUGGACACAAGGUUAGGUGGUCAAUACUCCAAGAGAGGAGCACAAGCAGCAGCAAUACUUGCACUACGGUGUCUAAAUACAGAUCCAAAAAACAGACCAACUAUGGUGAAUGUGCUAGCAGAAUUGGAAGCACUAAAUUCCUCAAAUUCAUUCCCAAGAACCCCAAAAUCUGGAACUGAGAAUCAUACAACAAAGCAUUCUAGUCAUUCCCAAAAAUCAGCUACAAAUAAUAACAGACUAUGAGCUGUUUUUCUCUCUCUGUGCUAAUGAUGCUUAUGCAUCCCAACCACUGUUUUGUUCUUUCAAUUUUUGGUGCAAAUAGUAAGUUUGAAUAAAA